GACCUAAAGGAUAUAAAACAAAUCCUUCAAAUCAUUUGAUGGCUGCAGCAGAAAAGCUUCUGAACUUUUUGGAAACUUUUUGAAAACUUUCAAAAACUUUUUUGAAAAACUUUUUAAGAAGGAGAAAAAGACUGACUUUACCUUUUUUGUUGUUGUUGUUGUUGUAGGUUGAGUUUUUCUCAUUGGAGUGAUGGCUGGCCCGGGGAGUUAUGAUCUGAAGUCUGUGUUGAAAUGUUGCUUGUUUUUUGUUUUUCUGCUCACCUGUGUUGGACAGAGCAAAGAAGAAGGUGGGAGAGAAGCAGGUUCUUCUUGUUAUGGAGGAUUUGAUUUGUACUUCGUCCUCGACAAAUCAGGAAGUGUUCAGGACCACUGGAAUGAGAUCUUUCACUUUGUACAACACCUGGCUCACAAGUUCAUAAGCCCCCAGCUCCGCAUGUCCUUCAUCGUGUUCUCCACAGAGGGUCGGAUCCUCAUGAAGCUCACUGAAGACAGGGAGCAGAUCAGACAGGGACUGGCGGAGCUUCAGAAAGUGAUCCCUGGAGGAGAUACCUACAUGCACGAAGGCAUCCAAAGGGCCAGUGAACAGAUUUACUAUGAGAAUACAGAAGGUUACCGGACAGCCAGCGUCAUCAUUGCCCUGACAGAUGGGGAGCUGCAUGAGAAUCUGUUCUACUACGCUGAGCGAGAGGCUAACCGAUCCCGCAGUCUGGGGGCCACAGUGUACUGUGUAGGGGUGAAGGAUUUUAAUGAAACUCAGCUGGCUAAGAUCGCAGACAGUAAGGACCAUGUGUUUCCGGUGAAUGAUGGAUUUGAAGCUCUUCAGGGCGUCAUUGACUCGAUCCUGAAGAAGUCAUGUAUUGAGAUCCUGGCUGUAGAACCCUCCAGUAUCUGUGCAGGAGAAUCCUUUCAGGUGGUGGUACACGGGAACGGUUUCCUCCACGCGCGCAACGUCGAGAAGGUCCUGUGCAGCUUCCGAAUCAACGACAGCGUCACGCUCAUGGAGAAGCCCCUGGUUGUGGAGAACACCUACCUGCUCUGCCCUGCCCCCAUCCUUGAAGAAGUAGGGACGGAGGCUUCGCUGCAGGUCAGCAUGAACGAGGGCUUGAGCUUCAUUUCCAGCUCAGUGACCAUCACCACUGUGCGAUGCUCUGACGGGACGAUCCUGGCCAUCGCCCUGCUCAUUCUCCUCCUCCUGCUGGCCCUGGCUCUGAUCUGGUGGUUCUGGCCUCUCUGCUGCACUGUGGUUAUAAAGGAGCCGCCACCCCCUCCUUCAGACGACAGUGAGGAUGAGGAGGAGGAUGGGGUGCCCAAGAAGAAAUGGCCGACGGUGGAUGCUUCGUACUAUGGGGGUCGUGGAGUGGGGGGCAUCAAGAGAAUGGAGGUGCGCUGGGGGGAGAGGGGCUCCACCGAGGAAGGAGCUAAGCUGGAGAAAGCCAAGAACGCGCGGGUGAAGUUACCAGAACAGGAGUUUGAUCUCCCACCGUCACGCUCCCUCAACAACAGCAUGUACAAACCAGCCGGGCCCCGGAAGUGGUACUCGCCAAUUAAGGGGAAGCUGGAUGCACUGUGGUCGCUCCUAAGGAAAGGAUAUGACCGGGUGUCAGUGAUGAGACCGCUGCCAGGAGACAAGGGACGAUGUAUCAACUUUACCAGAGUCAACAACCCGCCUCCCAGAUACCCCAUCUACAACCACAGCACCCCCAUCUACACGCCCCCCAUCUACACGCCCCCCUUCUACACCCCCCCUCCCCCCCAGGGCAUGCUCCCUCCCCCCCCUCACAGCCCCUCCGCCUCCCCUCCGCCUUCCCCCACCUCCACCCUCCCUCCUACCCCACCUCCCGCCCCUCUCGCUUCCCUGCCACCUCCCCCUGCUCCUCCCCUUCCCCCUCCCCCUCAGACUCCUCCCUAUGCAUUGCCCCCACCUCCACAGGCUCCUCCUCAAGCACCAACCACUGCUCUGCCCCCUCCCCCUGUGGCUCCGCCUCCCUGUAGAGCCCCACCCCCGGACCGCCCUCCUCCCCGACCCUCACUCUAGGUGACCCGGAAGGACUUCAAGAGAGCAGGACGCAGCAUCACUUCCUCAGUGGCAUGCAGACUAGGAAAUACUGCAUUCACAGGAAGUAAUAUUAUCCCAAUAUCAAACCACUAUUGAUCACCUUUUGGGCUCCAUAUAGACGUUUAAUACUAUAAUCUUUUACGGCUGACGUUCUUCCAUCUUAGUUUUUGUGUCUAUUUUGUAUAGAUUUUUUUUUUUCAUUUUAUCAUUUUUUAUAUAUCUUUUUUUUUUUUAACCAAAAGUUCGAAUUCUGUUGAACAGUCAACAUGGUGGCUUUUGCACGAAGGAAAAGUGGAAAUCAUGUCGGCCCCGCUGCCUUACCCAGCAUUGACGUUGCUCCCUCCCUCCUCAUGCCAACCGACAGCUGCACCGCCUGUAUCCAACCACCAGGGAGCGCCGACACUGCACCGGAGAGGGGGCUGCUUGCAAAUCUCUUUUACCAUCGGCGAGAGCUGCCGUCAUCGCGUCUCACCGCGGCUUUCUGUUCCCAUUCGGAUAUCAAACUCUGGGACUGCAUGAAGCGAACAAUCACUUAUACUUCAGUUUUGAUUUUUUGUCAGUGUAAGAAUAUAGAUCUUUUCAUGUAUUUGUUUUAACCUCACAUCUUGGCAGCAUUCAAGUCUAGCCUGUGCUUAGCAGCAUUGCUCUCAUUUGGGCAAAGAAAUGGUACAGCCGCAUUGGUACUAUAUACACACAUGACCAGAUUACUUCAUGAGGGCAUUAAUGCUUGGUCACGAUGCCUCCUAGUCCCUUCUAAGGAUCCCUUGAGUUCAGGGGUUGACUGGAAGCCUUUAUCAUACGGGGGCCUGGUCGAUGUAGCUGGUUAGCUUACAAACUGGGUUCUAUACAAGGUAUUGGCUAUAGUAAGAGGAUCCUCGCUUGUUUGGAUGAUUGUGUCAUUGCUUGUGGUGGAUAAUGAGCUGAAGCUAUUGCGAGGUCUGCUAGAAACUUGUUUUUACCCCAGAGGAGGCUCAACGCUUCAGAUUUUUGAUUAAGGAAACAGUGUUCUGGAAUCCCCUUUGGAAUCCUGCGCAGAACUACGAAAAGGCCUGCAAGGCUGUCCCUAGGUCUCUAUUGAAGGGCUGUAGUCCUGUUCAUCACGCAGUUCUCUGUCUCCUGUAAUUCAGAGACCGGUUAGCUUUUCAGAUUUUCAAUCAGGCUUUUGUUUCAUUGGCCCCGUAGAGCUGUGUUAGGUUUGCAAAGCUCCCUGGGGGUGUUUGUCCGCUAAGGGCACGAUCUACCUGUAAUUGGGAUGGCAUGAGCUCCAGUUGAAUAUAGAGAGAGGGUUAAGGGCAGAGGCAGGGCUAACCAGCCCAGGCUGGGGACUGGAAAUACAGCAUGUCAGUAAUGAGCUGGGGAACAAAAGAGAGUUUUUGUGAAAACCGCUGGCGACAGAUUUUAAGAUUGCUUGUUCUGGCUGUAUUAGGAGGAAAAGCAGGUGAAGAGAUUCUGAACAGAGAGCAAUGCAUUUUUCCUUAAUGUACUAUUACCUGGUGUAUGUAAGUGGUGAGUGCGUAACACGAAAAUAAAUUGAAAAAGUUGAGAAGAAUUAGGCAGCUUUAUGAAGGGGAAAGGGUUUAGUGGCUGUGCUAAUACUGUUUUUUUGGCUGUGUCACAGUAUACCUAUAUGCAUGUUUCCUGGAGGUAUUGAAGGUGAGUGCUUCUUGAAACUAGUCAAAUCGACAGGAACGGGUUUGUAGUUUAGAGGUUAGAGGAGCAACAAGGAGCUAGGGUCGCCUUAUUGCCCAAAUAUGGAAAGAGAAAUAGCAAGAGCAAUUCAGUGGCACAGCCUGAACGCAAGGGUAAGCAUGGUCAGAGCUCUGCAAAGCAAAAGGCAGUCGGAAGACAAGCUGGCAGCAAAGCCGUUGUGUUCAGGGACAGACAAGAAGCAAGAGCAAGCAUGGAUCGCUCAGAACUGGUUCACUGCGGGCUGUAGAUCUACAAAGGGAAUGCGUUGGCAUGUGAUGCGAGCUCGGGCAACAGCCGUAGAGCUUCUUCAAGAACACUAUAGAAAUUAGUGAGGAUAACUUACUAACUUAACUUUGAAAAGGCUGCACCACCGUGAGCUCUGGAGUGGUUUUUAAAGAGUAGAUGUGUAACUGCACGGAUUGAGGGGGGCGAUUGAGGGGGGCGUGCUGUAGCAACGUCACGCCCGCAAAAGAAAACUCCCAAUGGGGUUAAAAAAUACAAAGCAAAAAAGAUAUAACCUGUUGGGUUCACGAUGUAUAUAUUUUAUACUGCAUGUUUACCAUGUACCGGAUGGAAGCAUUCCAGUGUGUCGAGGAUAGUCCAGUUAGAAGGUGGGGCUCCUCUGUGUCUCCGGUGUAGUAAAUUAUUGCAUAUUGUAAAAGCCAGUGAUAUUUCAUGGCAUGUUUAUAUUGUAUCAAGCUGUGCUUGUUUCAAAUGUUUUGUUCUCUCUUUCUUUCUUUGUGUUUGUUUUUGUUGGUUAAUAAAUGUACGGAUAUCUGAC